AUGAAAUGGAAUGAACAGAUGUUAUAUCAAUUGAAUUGGCCAUCUGCAUCAACAACAGGAACAGCAGCAGCAGCAGCAACAACAAGAGCGACAAUUGCUUGUGCGACACCACUCAUUACGCAACCAUUACUUGAUUCAACACUUUUCAAUGAUUUACUUGAGUUAACAAUUGAUGAGAAGAAAAAGAAGAAGACAAUUAUCACAAAAACAGUAAGUGAAAGUGCUGUAACAUCAUGUGCAUCUUCCGGACGUUUACCGGUUUUUGCUCAACUCAGUAAUCCGUCAUCAGCUUCAUGA